AUGCGACCGGUACUACUCGUGCUGGCGUUCCUCUUCGCGCUCUUCGUCGCUCUAGUCCAGAUCCUCACUCUCACGGCCGGCACCUGGGUAGUUCGCGGCAGCAACGGAGCUCAACAUCUCGGCCUAUCGAGCCUCGCCAUUGUAAAGUUCGAGGGCAUCAUCCCAUCAGACACCAACCCAAACGCCUAUCUCGUAACAAUGCACCAAUUCGCCGCCUCCUUCGCCUACACCUACCCAUCCAAAUCCCUCGCAGGCACCCUCGACUCAUCCCCCCACCUCCCCUACGACCUCGGCGCCGUCGCCCACGCCCUCCGCCUCCCCGAAUCCGAAUGGGCAUGCUACCACUACGCCCAAGACGCCUGCGUCAACAACCCCUUCCUAAGCGCCUUCCGCAACUCGUGGCUCAUCCUGCCCACCGCGACAGUCAACAUCGCCCUAAUCUACGCGCUCGUGGUGGUAUCCUACCUCUUCAUCACGGAGCUGCUCAUCGCCGUACGGCCGAGCUGGCUGCGGUGCCAGUGCUACUUCUCCUGCAUCAAGCGCGUGUGUCCUUGUCCGCGCGGGACGAGGGCGGAGAUUGAGGCGCUACCGGCCGGGUUUUGGGAUCGGUAUCGUGGGUGGUGCUGGUUUAUGUUGCCGGCUGCUGCGUUUUUGCCGGCGUUUACGUUGAGGAUGAAUGGGAUGCUGCUGAAGGAGUAUGUUAAUCGGCCCAGGGGCCUGGAGGGAGAUGUGAAUGGGAGGUUCGGGACGGGAUUUGUGGUUUUGCAGGCGCUUUGUUUGGGGGCUUCGAUUGCGGGGGCUGGGUGUAUGGUGUUGAGGAGGCGGUUGGGGCGGAAGAGAAGUUGGAUGGAGGAGCAGGGUGUUGGGUUGAAGAGGGGGGCGUAA